ACGUGGCAGCCCCCACACCACCUCUUCCUCCUCUCUCGUCGUCUGUCUCCCACCGCGUCUCCUCCUCCUCCACCCCCGACCCGGCGACCAACCCCGCGAUCCGGCGAGCCCGAAGCGCCAGCGAUGGGGUUCGUGGUGACCUCCGCCAUCUUCUUCCUCGCCGGCUUCAUCGCCUGCCUCUUCUCGCUCCUCUGCUGCAACCGCGGCGCCUCCACCAACAUAUUCCAUUUGACUCUGGUUAUUACCGCUACAGUUUGUUGUUGGAUGAUGUGGGCAAUCGUGUACCUCGCCCAGAUGAAGCCUUUGAUCAACCCCAUCCUGAGCGGCGAGUGAGCCCUGCCCUGCCCUGCCCCGGAGACAACUUAAGAUCCACUGUUGAUGUAUCAUUAUUCGGUCGAGAACCUCUAUUCAUUUCGUUGCCGCCAUGAUAACUGAAAUAAAGAACCUGCUGUGAGAUUUUGCUACUCCGUCCGUCCUCCGGAGAACACUUCCGAGGAGGCACGCUGUGAUUAGUGUAUGCAAAUUGUAUUAUAUACACAACAAUAAUGAUGAUUCUGUUUAUCCACCCUGCCAGUUCUCUGUUG